AUGCAUGUGGUGGCUGCAAGCCUCACAGCUGGAGCAGCUGGUCUGAUGGGAAAGAAUUCUAUUCGCUUGUCGAGCGACUGCAGGCCAUGCGUCUAUGGCACAGUUGCUGGCCUAGAGUUGCCAGCAGACCUGGCGGCACUGCUUGUUUAUGCAACAAUUCUCACCCAGGCGCUCGCCUCUGGCAGUCACACUGGAUCCCGCGGCACCCCGUUGCGCAACAACUAUUGUAAAGUGCAUCCAACCACUUCAACUACGCGCAGCGUAGCUUGUCAGCCACAUGCGCACGUGCCUGCCAUGCGCCAUGGGGUCUCCUUCGAACUUUCUUGGCCGUUGGGGGAACAGAUGGUUGUUGUUGGCAGCGCCGGGCCGCGCCUGGUGACAUACAUGCCACUUGAACAGCCGUCACCCCAGGCGCUUCUCACAACCAUGUUCCACACACCCUCCGCCAGGCUCGCCCAAGCUUGCCUUUAG